CAGGAAAUUGACAACAUGGCAGACAACAUGAGUGAGGUGCCGGUGGUAAACGCAACAGUUAAUGAAACAGCAGGAAAUGCAACCGCUAAGAUUCCAGCUUCACCCGAAGGAAUGGCCGUGGCUUACGGAAGCCUGGUUAUUAUGGCGAUUUUGCCAAUUAUCAUCGGCUCUUUCCGUUCCGUGAGGUACCAUAAGGCACAGAAGGAAGCCGGUGAAAAGCCAGAGACGAUGACCAGUAAAGAUGCUGCAAUGUUCCCCAUCAUAGCCAGCUGUACUCUUUUUGGCAUCUACCUCAUAUUUCAGAUCUUCUCCAAAGAACACAUCAACUUGCUUUUGACUGUGUACUUUUUCUUCCUUGGAGUGUUCGCCUUGGCUCACAUUAUUGGUCCAUUUGUAUCAAAGAUGCUACCUUCCUCAUUCCCAAACAAGGACUACCAUCUUAUAUUCACACAGGGGAAGGCGGAAAAGAAAGAAGAUCUGAUGAAUUAUGAGUUUGACAGAAAAGAUCUUGUCUGUCUGGGAAUAUGUACAGUUAUUGGAGUCUGGUACCUUGUCAAAAAACACUGGAUAGCCAACAACCUGUUUGGGUUUGCAUUUGCUAUCAAUGGUGUUGAACUACUGUCUCUGAACAGAGUCAGUACCGGUUGUAUUCUUCUAGGAGGCCUCUUCAUCUACGAUAUUUUCUGGGUAUUUGGAACUAAUGUCAUGGUAACUGUUGCUAAGUCCUUUGAAGCACCAAUCAAAUUGGUGUUUCCUCAGGACCUCCUGGAGCAUGGUCUGGGUGCCAGUAACUUCGCCAUGCUGGGACUUGGUGAUAUUGUUAUACCAGGAAUCUUCAUAGCCCUUCUCCUUAGGUUCGAUAUGAGUCUGAAGAAGAACUCCAAGACAUAUUUCUAUGCUAGUUUUAUUGCCUACUUACUGGGACUGAUGUUAACAAUUUUUGUAAUGCAUUUCUUCAAGCAUGCUCAGCCUGCCCUGUUGUACCUAGUGCCUGCCUGUAUAGGUCUACCCCUGGUUGUAGCUUUAGCUAAGGGAGAGGUCAGACAGUUGUUUAGCUAUGAAGACGCCUCAGAGGAAAAGAAGCCAGAUGACAAAGAAAAAGCAGCAACAAAAGAUGAAAAGAAAGUCAAAAAAGAGAAAUAAGCUUUUAUUGACCCUGAGAUAGGAAUACUGAAUCAAAGAUCAUGUUACCAACAUAAAUCUGGAACUUUUGGCUAGAGAUAAGGUUUAGCAUAUUUAAUUCACACAAAUUGGAAAUGAAAAUCUGUAUCAAUUAUAUACAAAGCUAGUUGUACUAUAUAUAAGAUCCAUGCCAAAAUUUCCUUAUUUACGUAGAGAUUAAGAUCUUGUUAAUAAUCUCAUGGAACAUGGGGUUUUAUGUCAUUUUGUUCAGUUUUGUAAGUAUGCCAGUGUCUACAAGCUAUUCAUCCUCCUGGUGUUAUAGAAGUCAAAUGCUGUUAAAAAAAGUGUUAAAAAAGUGUUCAUAAUUUUAUCUCUGUUAAUGUACAAUAUGUAGAAUGACCUGAUUGGUUGGUGGGAAGAUAAAGCUAUGGACACUUACACUACGUCACUUAUUUUGUAAUUUGUGUUUUUUGGCUUUAAUGUGAAGCAAAUGAAUAACUUCUUCCAGUUCUUUUACCACCAACCCAGAGGUAUAGACAGGUCAUUAGCACAGUGUGAAUGGACUGCCAUAAACAUCAUUCUGAUUUAAGUGAAGGGGAGGAAAUGGGGCCGGAAUUGAAUUACAAUAUGUGUUCUGUCAUAGAGAAAGAAGUGUCGGAACUACAGAAGUCUGAACAUAAACAUUAUUCUUAGAGUAUUUAUAACUGACCUGCUGAAAGUUACGGCAGGUAUUAUUUAUAUCAUUGUCAAUGACCUGACGAGUACCUGGUAAGACAGGUAAUGCUGUAGUUUUUGUUGUAUGGUGCUUAUAUCCUAACUAGGAAACAUUGCCAGUAUGGUCUGGUACCACGUUCACCCACAGCAUUGUCACAUGUACGAUUCCAGUCUCAUUUAACACCAAACGUAACAAUGGAAAAUGGUUUUGUUAUGUUUGUGAUAUAUAUAUCUGUGUACAGGUUGUAAUUAUGUAAUAAAAUGUCAGAGACUUGAGUUGUCUUUUUCUAGUCGAUAAAGUAAGUACAAAUGUAUGUAACUAUUUGUCACACAAAUCAUCCUCAUGUGUGUUAUUGUGUGUUAUACACUGUUGAUCAGGUGAAAAACUGAACUAAAAACACCAGAUAGAUACACACCCCAGGAUAGAUAAACUUAGUCCCUGGAUAUAAUUCUGCAGCAUUUGUUUUCAUAAAUUGGAGAAAAUAAUUUGUGGACUAUACACAGGGAAACUAGGCUUAAUCUCAUGGCCAAGGAUAACACUUGAACUUGCAUCCUGGUUAUUGUUAUAAAUUCUAAUGAAUCCGAUGCCCACUUGAUUGCGCAGUGCUGAUUCCUUCCCCUUUAAAUACCCAUCUCACACAGCUGGUUAAUUUUAUUUGGGCUAUUUAUUUUUCAGUUGACAUUGUAGAUGUAUUUUAAAUCACAAUAUAGAUGUUUUGUGUGCAAGUGAAAUGUCAAAUUUAAUUUGGUAAAGGGAAAUUUUGUAAUAUAGUACUGUGGAUGUAAAAAGGAGGUUGGAUAGUGAGAGAUUCAAUAAGGACUGGCCGGGUAAACAAGGUAUUUUUCUUUUAUGAACUUAAAUAAAUAUCUAAUACCAAAAUGCGUUGAGACAGUGCAUUUUGUUUUUAAACACUGAAAGCUUGCAAGUUUUAUAAAAUAAUCAGUCGGUUAGGUAUUUAACGUGAGGCCGUGGAAUUGUUUGUUGCCACUGGAAGAGGUUUACUAGUGAAGUAUGACAAAUUUUAGCAUCCUCAAUAAAAGCAUUUUGAGCAUAAAUCAUUGCUCAUUUUAACAAGUUCUUGCUACUCGGUUUGAGGUAUUUAAUAUUUCAUUACAAAAUGAUAUUUUAAUUUGUCAUCAUUCAAUUCAAACAUAUUUUAGUGAACUAAAUAUAUAGGACUAACUAGUGAAGUUAGUUUUUUUUUAAUCAAAACAGACCAAGGUUGAUGUUGAGAUGGAAACUUAUCACAAAUCUUCAACCAUAUGUGUGUGAUGUAGGCUAUCAACAGAGUUCAGAUAUGUGUGUGUUUUGUAUCUAUUGAAUAUACUGUUGGUUAUUGUUCAUUUAUAUAUUAUAAAUUCAGAUUUUUUAUCGCUAGGAAUAUGAUUUUUCUGUUGCCAAACAGUAAAUUUGAAAUUUCAAAUAUUUUACUUGAAAUUUAACUCUUUAAAAAGAUUACUUAUCGACAUAGAGUGAUCAUUAGUAUUAUCAUAGAUAACAAUGUUUUUCUAUUUAGUAAGUUUUGACACAUCUGGCAACCAAUGAAAUGGCCAUUUUUGUGCAAGAUCUGUACGAGAAGAAAAGCAUUGUCAUUGAAAUUAAUUUGAGUAAUAGUCAUUUGUUUUAAUUCUCCUUUAAAAGUAAUACCUCGUUCGUUAUUCAUAUCCAUUCAUAACUCAAAUGAAAUGUUACAAUUCAUUUAAUUUUCAUUUACAUUAAAUAUCGUGAAAGAAAAAAGUGCAGUAUGUAGCGUGUAACUUUAAUAAGAGUUACCUCCCUUCAAUUACAGAUUCACUGAACCACUAAUCAUUUUAAUAUUUUUCUUCCAAAUAUAUGGCCUGAGUUCUGUUCCAGGUCAUAUAAAAAGGUCCAAAACAGAAACCAAUUAAUCCAACAUGUGGUACUAGUUGAAUUAAAAGUCGGUCGCAUGUUUUCACCUAAAAAUUAUACCUGCAUGUUGGACAUUAAGUAUGACAUCAUUUGCCUGAGAAUAUUUGAACAGAAAUGUGAGUGUAUUUAUUAUUACCUGUCUUAAACAGUUGAUAUUCCCAACAAUAAUUUUGUAUUUCUAGGGUGAGGUCAUAUAGAUUUUACCUAUUCAUAAUAUCAAUUUCAUGUUUUACAUUGAAUGCAUCAAGUGCUUUGAGUUACAGUAUAGUUGUGGACCAAACUUGAUGCAGUGUAUGAUUUGUAUAGGUAUUUAGGUAUUGUAUGUACUUUAUAAUUAAUUUGGAUCUAGAACCUAUCUGCCCACUACUAUACAGGCUGAGUGAAGAUAGGACAAGGGGGCGCGGCAAGAUGAGUUUGGGCGUGGCAGAAUGAGGUGUGCGUGAGGUACUGAGAAAAAGCUGCUGAUGUUGAUGGUGCAUGUUAUGUCAAAAUUUGUUAAUAAAUCUGCUUAGUCCAACUAA